UAAACACCCACAGCUCUUCACUCAUCCACUCCUCCACACACGGAAAUCAACAUUGGUUCAAGCAAUAACCAUGGAGGAUGAGCAGUAUGACUAUUUCUUAUAUCUGUUUAACAUCAGUGAAAACACAAGCUAUCCAUCUUACGAGGCUGACGGGCUCGUCCCACACUGCUUUUCAGCAAACGUCACCAAAUUUGCCUCGGCCAUCAUUCCUUAUUUCUACUACAUCAACUUCCUCCUGAGUUACUUAGGCAACUGGCUUGUUUUGUUCAUAAUCGUCAAGCUUGAGAAGGUCAACAGCGUCACCAAUAUCUUCCUCAUCAAUCUGGUCACCUCCAACAUCCUGUUUGCAUCCAGCUUCCCCUUCCUGGCCAAAUACCAUUCCUCAGAGUGGAUCUUCGGCACGGUGCUUUGCAAGUUGGUCAGCAGUGCCCAUCUGAUCGGUUUCUACAGUUCCAUCCUCUUCCUCACCCUGAUGACCUUUGACCGCUACCUGGCCGUGGUGCACGCGGUGUCCGCUGCCAAGAGCAGGAGGAGGGCGUACGCCAUCGGGGCGUCGUUGAUCGUUUGGUUCAUCAGUGUGCUGGCCAGUCUCAAUGAGCUGGUGUUCAAAGGCGUGUGGAAGGACAGCGAGCAGGGCCUGAUGUGUGAGGAGACAGGAUACCACGCCGACGUCAUCAAACAGUGGAAUCUGGUCAGCUACUACAUGCAGUUCCUCCUCUUCUUCCUGCUGCCCCUCUUCAUGGUGAUGUACUGCUACACCUGUAUCACCGUGCGGAUCAUGUCCACUCGCAUGAGGGAGAAAUGGCGCUCGGUGAAGCUGAUAUUCAUCAUCAUGUUCACCUUCUUCGUUUGCUGGACUCCCUAUAACAUCGUGAUCCUGCUGAAGGCCAUUCAGAUCUCCACAGCCGACAAAGCAAACCGGACGUGCGAUCAGGUCGAGGCGCUGAACUAUGCGUUGUACGCGACCAGAAACAUAGCGUUCUUGUAUUGUUGCAUCAGCCCCAUGUUCUACUCCUUUGUGGGUAAGCGGUUUCAGAGUCACUUCAGGAAGCUGUUGUUGAAGAACAUGCCUUGUCUGGCACGUCACUUCAGACCCGCUAGUCUGAGCAGCAAGUCCACCGCACAAAGGACGUCCCACACAAACGACUUAUAACAUGUGGGAGACAAUUUACUUUGUUUGAAUUGGAUAAUUGGAUGGGAAAACAGGAAAUUUGAUUUGUUUUGUCAGUUUUACAUUUAAAUGUAGUCAUUUAGCAUAUACCUUGUAAAUAAAUAUCUAAUAAUUAAUUGCAA